CAUCCACCGCCCGCACCCCGCCCGCUCGCCCGCGCUGUCAAAAAUUCCAAAAAUGAGUGAAGAAUCACGAAAUAAAACUUUUUUAGGAUUUGAUUUUAGUACGCAAAGGUUAAAAGCCCUUGUAAUAGGUGAAGACUAUGGGGUGCUGCAGGAAGCAGAUGUGGAGUUCGAUGUUGACCUGCCAGAGUUCAGGACGUCAGGAGGCGUACUGCGCGGCGAGCGAGGUGAGGUGACGGCGCCACCGCUGCUGUGGGUGAAGGCGCUGGACAUGGUGAUGGACCGGCUGGUCGUCGCCGGCGUCGACUUCUCCACCAUCGAGGCUCUCUCGGGCGCUGCACAGCAACACGGCUCAGUAUGGUGGGCAAAGGGCGCAGAAGCGAAGCUGGGCAGCUUGUCUCCGGACGAGUUCCUGCACACUCAGCUAGCGUCCGCCUUCGUCGCGCAUGCGCCGGUGUGGAUGGACUCCAGCACCAGUGCCGACUGCCGCGUCUUAGAGGACGCUGUAGGGGGACCAGAGGAACUAGCCAAGAUAACGGGGUCGCGGGCGUACGAGCGGUUCACUGGCCCGCAGAUCCGCAAAAUGUACCGUACCAAGCCGCGUGUGUACCAGGCGACGGCGAGGGUGUCUCUGGUGUCGUCCUUCGCGGCCUCGCUGUUCCUCGGACGGAUAGCGCCGCUGGACCUCGCCGACGGCUCCGGGAUGAACCUGCUCGAUAUCCAUACUAAGACGUGGUGCCAGCAAGCCCUUAAGGCUUGCGGGGACGAGACCCUGGAAGACAAGUUGGGCUCCCCGGUGCCUACUGCCACGGACCUAGGUCCAGUGUGCAAGUACUUCGUCGACCGCUACGGCUUCCGUCCGGAAUGCCGCGUGGUGGCCUUCACCGGGGACAACUGUUCUGCGCUCGCUGGCCUACGUCUGCGCUCCGGCUGGGUAGGCCUCAGUCUAGGCACAAGUGACACUCUACUCCUAGGCCUGCAAACCGCGGGGGCCCCUCCCGCGGGCCACGUGCUAGUGGGCCCCACAUCUGAGGCCCCCUACAUGGCACUGUUGUGCUUCGCAAACGGGUCCCUAACCCGUCAGAAUCAUAGAGACAGACUGGCCGAGAAAAGUUGGGAUGCCUUUAACGAUUUACUGCGGGCAACGGUUAGAGGGAAUAUGGGAUAUAUGGGCAUCUACUACGACACGGCGGAGAUAGUCCCCCGCCGGCGGCCGGGCCGCUGGCUGGUGGAGGCGGGCGGGCGCAGUGUGGAGCGCCUGGCGCCGCAGUUCGAGGCGCGGGCGCUGCUAGAGGGACAGGCGCUGGCCAGGCGCGCCCACGCCGAGGACAUGGGGUUCACGCUCGACAAAUCGUCGCGAGUCAUCGCUACGGGCGGCGCGUCCGUCAACAAGGAACUGCUGCAGAUCUUCGCUGACGUGUUCAACACGCCCGUCUACGUGCAGGAACAACACGCGAACGCAGCGUUGCUGGGCGCGGCGAUGCGCGCAGCCGACGUGUGGAGCGCCAGCACGGGGGCGCGGCUGCCGGGGGCGGAGCCCGGCCUGGCCCCCGCCGCCGCGCCCUACCCCGGGGACGACGAGAUCUACACCCCCAUGCUGGCCCGGUACAGGGAACUGGUUAAAACUAUACCUACACUUGACUAGAUACAUCAUUCAUUAAGAAGCUGUAGAAUGACAAGGAUCUUUUGACACGUGGCCAUAUGGUUUUUUUUGUCGCGACUUAUUGUAGAUUUGCCGCAAAUAGCAAAUACUACACUACACUACUAUACUACUACACUAUUAUACUACUACUUGGCCGCUAUACUACUUGGCCGGACAAAUGUCGGAACUAGAGUCUGGGUACCGGAAGCUGUCCAAGAGAAACGGCGGCAAUUUAAAUAAAAAAUAGCUGGAUACCACCCACUUCACCAUCCCACUUGCGUCAGACAGAGUACUGCGGGGCGGAAGGCAAGAGGGAAACCACUGCCCUAUUUUUCCCUAAAACAGUAGCAAAGAAAAUGCUGCACCGACAAGAGCGUGGCUCUUAAAUUGAUGACGAGCUGGAAACCCAGCACA